GAGAGUAUGAGAACAUCAACAUCAGAUUCAGACUCAGAUUCCAACAAGAACCAAUAUCCGUCCCUACUACUACACCCACUUGUUACGACCACAGAUAUUCACCAUUCAAACUCCAUUCCCACCAAAAGAACUGGGACGACAUGGACGGCGGGGGCUCACAUAAUCACCGGUGUGAUCGGCUCCGGCGUGCUGUCGCUGCCGUGGAGCAUAGCGCAGCUGGGCUGGAUUCUCGGGCCUUUGUGCAUACUGUUCUUCGCUGUGAUCACAGUUGCCUCAGCUUUCCUCACUGCCGACUGUUAUCGCUUUCCCGACCCGGAAUCCGGGCCUCUUAGGAACACCAGUUAUGUCAAGGCUGUCACCCUCAUCUUAGGUAAGAAGCAAGCAUGGUUGUGUGGUUUGCUUGUUCAGAUCAGCUACUACGGGUCAGCAGUUGCUUAUACCAUCACUUCUGCUCUUUGCUUCAGUGCGAUACAGAGGUCGAACUGCUACCACUAUAAUGGCCAUGCCGCGCCUUGCGAAAAUGAUGACAAAACCUAUAUGCUCAUAUUUGGCAUCCUUCAAAUAUUCGUCUCGCAGAUACCCAAUUUCCACAGCAUGGAGUGGCUAUCCUCCGUUGCUGCGGUUAUGUCCUUCUCUUAUGCCUCCAUUGGGCUCGGAUUAGGCGCUUCCAAAGCCAUUGGUGAUGGAGUUAUUAAGGGAAGCAUUACUGGAGUUAUGGAUUCUCCCGGCAGUCAGAAGCUAUGGCUGGUUUCUCAGGCAGUAGGCGACAUUGCUUUCGCCUAUCCUUUUUCCGUCCUUGUCCUUGCUAUACAGGAUACGUUGAAAUCUCCGCCACCUGAGAACAGGACUAUGAAGCGAGCAUCAGUAAUAUCUAUUGCUCUCACAACGUUUUACUAUCUUGGCUGUGGAGGCUUUGGGUAUGCAGCAUUUGGCGAUCAAACGCCCGGUAAUAUCUUGACAGGUUUUGGCUUCUACGAGCCCUACUGGCUCAUCGACUUUGCCAAUGCAUGCAUCGUCCUCCACUUAGUCGGAGGCUACCAGGUGUAUUCUCAGCCGCUAUUUGCAGCAGCCGAAAACUGGAUGGGGGAGCAUUUCCCGGACAACUCAUUUGUAACCAAAACCUACAUUCUAAAACUGCCAUUGUUGCCUGAUCUGAAGAUAAGCCUUCAGAGGGUAUGUUUCAGGACAGCUUAUGUUGCCUCAGGAACUGCUAUUGCAGUAAUUUUUCCUUUCUUCAAUGAGGUUUUGGGAAUUCUUGGGGCACUAUCUUUCUGGCCCUUAGCCAUAUAUUUUCCAGUGGAGAUGUGUCUGAGGAGGAAAGGGAUUGAAGCCUGGACAACGGAGUGGCUUGUCCUAAGGGGUUUUAGCUUUGGGUGUUUUGUGAUAGCAUUGUUUGCUUUUGUGGGAUCUGUUGAAGGGGUCAUAGCUGCACUUUUUGGUCCUGUUAAAUAA